AUGGCGACGACGGGAGGCGACGAGGAGCAACAACGAAGCCCUUUGGCCAGCCACCUCAUACGGCGAGGAAACGGCAACAACGGGCGGCGGCGAGGAAAACAACAACCGGCAACAACGGGGGGCGGCGAGGACAACGAGGCACAGGACGUCGACUACAGUUUCGGCCAUAAUUCCAAAAAGGUCAUGGUUUCAUGGUUAAACAACCCUACUUCAUCUCGAACAGAUGAAAGCUUUCCAUUUCAAGAGCCUGGUGAAAGUGUGAAAUGGGGCAGUAGUUCCAGUGCUAAUAAUUCAACACACGGACAACGUCCAGGGGCUAGGAUUCCAUUUCAGGGCGUACAAGAGAAAUAG